UGUCUGUGAUGACGUUGCAAGAAACCCGUCUACACGUAUCCGAAGACUUUUAUUGUGAAAAAUAAUUCGACUGACCUGGGAGUUGCAGGCAGAGAGCUUACAGCGAACUACAAAUCACUCUAGCAAGACAUUUCCGAGAAAUAAGGAUCAACUGCUCAGUAAUGACAUAUCUGAUCCUGCACCGCGGCUUCCUCCGAGUCUUCUCAGAACAGCCUGCCUGUUUGUUUGUUUGGAGCGUUCAAUCCCCGGUCAUAGCUGAUUAUAGGCAACUCGAGUAAACUUAGCAUGCUUGGACAUAGCAAGUAAUUAAGAGUGGUGCUGAGAUGUCCAGAAGAAGGAAUGGUGUGUAAAGGAGAAGAUGAGGGGAAUUCAACUUUGUGGAAAUGAACAAUAUCCAAUUUCCGCUACUUCUCACUGUCGUUCUGCCCGUCUCAGUGUUGUGCGUUCACCUGCCCGCACCUGUGAAGCUUUUAAUGAAUUCUCAGCACUUUGUCCACCUUUUGACCUGGGAGGCUGGACCAGGGUCUCCUGAAGGUGUGCAUUACACUGUGGUGUUUCGUACGCGCAGUAAAAACUGGAUGACUGUGGAGAGUUGUGAGAUGGUACGUUCCCCUUUGUGGUGCAAUCUGACUGAGGUUCUGUCAGAUCCAUAUGAGACCUACUACAUCAGAGUGUCUGCACACCUGGGGAAUCUGACGUCUGUACCCACCAACUAUGAAGAAUUCAUCCCUCUCAAAGACACUGUCCCAGAACUGCCUUCACUGACCGUCUCUCCGUGUAAUGAGUCUGUGUGCGUACAUCUUCAGGCUCCAUCUGAGAGGCUGCGUAAUGCCUAUAACUGCUCUCCGUACACAAGCAGAUGCUUUAAGUACAGACUUGAUGUCAACUCAUAUGGAGAAUUUAAGUUCUCGAAGGAAACACAGAGGUUGGGAACUGUGGUUCUAGAGUAUCUGGUUCCAGGCCAGCAGUACUGUGUGAGUGUGAGCAUCAUCAAUCGCAGCUCUGCUAACAGCCCAGCUGUAUGUACUUCUACAAUCAUGGCGUCCAACACAGAUGCUGUGAUUUCUGUGGUUACGUGUUUAGCGGUGCUGUUGUUCUGCGUAAUCUUUGGUCUGCUGUUCAUCUCUGGGUUCGUCUGCCUGAAAACCCACCUACCCCGCGUUCUGAGUUCCUUUCAAAGCCCAUAUAAAGUGCUGUUACUGGCCUUUCCCACUACUGAAUCCCAAACCACUGUUUCACUGGAACUCAACCUCCUUAAUAAUGCCAAGGGAGGCAACGAGAGUGAUGGGGAGGUGGAAGGAGAAAACGAGAAUGAGGAGGACGAGGAGGUGGCAUAUGAGAGUCUAAGGGGUCAGACGGCACCUUCAGAAACAAGCUGCUCUUCCAUUCCUCCUACCCCAGAUGUCCAAUACGAAAGUCCGCAUGAUGGUGGUCCUGUCAGUGAAGUUCCUGCGUCUCCUAUGCGAGUGCCAAAAGCCUUAUGUUCCACAGCUGCUACAGAGCAUGCAUUAAAACCACCCCGCAGGACUGGGUUUGGGUUUCAUUGGAAAGGACUCCAAGCACCAAGCCAGAUCUCGCCAGCAGGACUCUUGUUGCAAGAGCUUAGAAGCAAGGACUUCCUCGGACAUAAACACCAAAGUAAUGAGGGGCAUGAUGCUGAGGCAGAGGGUAACAUCAAUGUGAAUAUCUUCUCAUUGACUCUCAGAGGACACAGAGAGGAGGAGCAGUUGGAAGAAGAGACGAUGGGGAACUUGGAGAUCCAGGAACUGCUGGUACCUUCAUCUCCUCACAGAGAACUAGAAAAUACAACAGACAUCAAGCUCACACACUCUCUAGGCUCUGACAGGCACGUUACAGUCUGCGAGGAGAAGGAAGAGGAGGAGGAGGAGGAGGAGGAGGAAGAGUACUCUGGUUAUAUGAAGCGGAAAUAGAAUGGGCUUUUGGCGGUUGUGUUGCAUUAUUUUCACCUGUUUUGGACAUUUAUUACCUCAAAGGCCUACAUGGCAUAUGGCCUAUUAGUGAGUUUCAAAGGUCACUGAAUCCACAGUAUUCUUUGCUGUCGUUGAGUCAUUUCGCCAAACUUGGAGUGAGCAGUGUUUUUGUUACUGCUCACUCUUAAUUUGCCUUUUCAUUUUUGCUUUUUCGUCCUCUGCUGUCUAGCCUAUAUCCAGGUUUCUAGUAUUCAUGUAAUCAAAACAAGCUUGGAACUAAAGCUUUUUACUUGAGGUUUCAUUUUGUGGUGGUCAUCCUAAAUUCUGCACAUAUUCUGUCAUAUUUUUACAAAUUAGGGGUGCAACGAUCAAAUGACUUAGUCAACUAAAAUCGAUCACCAAAUUAGUUGGCAACUAAUUUAGUAGUCGAUUAGUCAGUGAUGUCGUCACGCGUGUUUCUCGCGUGUUUCUCUUGUUAAUUAGCAAAUGCAUUAAACAACCUCAAGCUAAAUUUAAAAGCUGAUAGCUACAUAGGAGUUAUGGUGGUAAUUGAGUGAUUGAUAAUCCGAAUAAACGAUUAUUCGUUUCAAUAAUCGAUUGAUUAUUCGACUGUCAAAAUAGUUGUUUGUUGCAGCCCUUUCACAAAUAAUCCAUUUGUAUACCAAAUCCCAGAUUGAGGAGACAGACUGGUUCAGAACAUCACUAAAAUCAAGAAAAGCCAGAAAUGUACCACUGUGUUUGAUAAUGGAGCCGAUCGAGUGCGAUAUUAAUGGAUUGGUACCGGAUUGCUACCACUAUAUGAAAUUUGGACUUCUUUUACGAUUAGCCAAUUGAACUUGAUGACUCAGUUAGAUUUAUUAAAAAAACUCUCUUGAUGAAUUGGCAGUGAUUAAUUGGCAAAUUGAAUAUCUGCAGGUCAUUAAAAAGCCAUGUUUAGCAGGCUGAAAGUUCUCCACAAGACGGUGCUAUUAGCAUUUAAGUAUAAUGAGAUGGUUGAGUGCAAAAACACAAUAUGAACAGAGCAUUUUUUUUAAAUGCUGUACUAUUUGCAAACACACAGCAUGGUUUACACAUACUACAACGCGUCCUUUGCAAAAAACAGAACACAGAUGUAAAAUGCAUUAGCCUAGCACAAAACAUGGCAGAUACAGCACCGUUUUCUAAUUGUAUUUGUAUGUUAAUCACACUUAACAGAAGAAUACAACAUGUUACAAGUACAAAAAAGUUCUACGCCAGUUGCAAAGAUUUUCUCACAAAUACACUAAGACAAUUCUCGGGCUGAGCAUAAUUUCCCCUCCUUAAGUAGAUGGCACUGAUGCUCUUACAAGAGGAAGCCAUUGUUUGCAAAUCAAGUUUUGUUUGCGAAAAGGGUUUGAUGUAAAACUGCAAAUGUAGUAAAGAAUAUAUUACUGGGACAUUACUGUUACAACCCACAAAUGUCUGUGUUUAAGCUUCAGGUGCCGUGAUUAAACUCAGAAUAAGAAAGUUAAUGCACACCUAAGAAGAGUACAAAUCCCAUAGAGGCACUUAUCAUGAAGAUUAAACAUAACUUAGCAUUGUCGCAGUGGUGAGGCAAGGAUGGCAAGGAUACAUUGAAGCUACUAAUAAAGUAAAGGUGUGUGCACUAUGCAUUGUUGUAUAAUGAUAUGUGCAGCUGUCAUUUAAUGGCAAAAUCCAAAAACUAAUGAAAUGAUUGGCUCAAAACAGUAUUACAGAUUCUUCAAUGUGGCAUUAACUGGCCAUACAGAAAGAAAUAGAGCCCACUUCCUAUUUUACAGUAGUGUUUGAGUUUGAAUUGUUCAUUGUGAAGUUUAAAAACAAUGCAAACAGUACCUGUUUUAAAUUAAAUAUAUACACACACACACACAAACACAGACACGCUUACAAAGUAAGCCACAGCUCAGUUUUUUUUCGUUAUCCAUGUUUAGUUGGAUAUCUCUCCAUGAACGCCAAUUCAAUAGUCAAACUUUGGUGACCAUAAUGGUUCAGGAGAUCAUAAUGAUACUGUAUCAUUUCCAGUGUUAAAUUGGGUAGCUGUCAGUUUCAUUUCAGGUUGAGGUAUUACGUUUCUUUGGAAGCUUUGUUUUAUCAUUAUGGUUUACUGGAUAGUGUUUGUAAAGCUCCCGAGUGGCGCAACCGUCUAAGCGUUGGCCCUAUCAUCAGGAGAUCGCGAGUUCGAGCCCUGGUGAUGCUAUAGCCAUCCGUAGCCGGGAGUCCGAGAGAGCACAAUUGGCCUUGCUCUCUCUGGGUGGGUGUGAUGGCUGCCCUUCUCCCCCCAUCACUCACUAAGCGCGAUGC